AUGGUGAAGAAAUGUGCAGUUAAAAAUUGUAUGAGUGGCAGUAUAGCAGAAUGAAAAAUGAAGUUGAAGCAAAAUAAUCGUCCAACGGCUUUAUUUCAAGUACCAAAGUGUCCGAGCAUGUUGCAAAAAUGGAAUUUGGCAUUGUCACAGCAACUUCUUCCUAAAAACUUCUUUUAUGAAUUGCAUUUUAAAGAGGAAGAUAUUCAUAAAAAAUUUGACAGAAUAAUUUUGCCUAAUGGUGAUAUUUACGACUUAUCAAAAGCCAGAUUUGAUUUAAAAGUAGGUGCGAUUCCAGUGAUAGUAAAUAAUACUACUGACGUUAGUAUGUUACAAUGCUCGGAAAAUACUAAUAUUUCUAUGCAUGUAAACUCGGAGCAGAUAAUUGUAGACGAAGAAGAUAUUACUAUAGCUGAAGAUCAACAGUAUGAAAAAAAUGAUGUAAGCAACAAUUUGUCCGAGUCUAGCGAACAGAUUUCUAGUUCAAGAAUUAUUGACGGAAUAACUGCAGAUCCAAAUUGUAUCGAGGCUGCAGAACUCGCAGGACAAACCAGCUCUGAUGAAAAUAUUUUUCAGGCACCUACUAUUGACAAUCCUGAAACUUUUUCAUUAUCUGCCAUAGUACAAGCACUUGAAGACCGAGGUGUACUUCAAAAUUGGUGUUGGCCAAAACAAUUAGAACCACAAAAAGUAUUAAUUCUGUAUUAUGUCGAUAUUAUUUUAAAGCAGGUAAAAUUAGAAAUUAAGAUUAGUCGGGAUUUAACACUUCAGAUAACUGUUAUUAAAACUGGAGUCUCUGUAAAUUUAGAUAAUCCAUUAACAUCAACAAAAAAUUUUUGGAAAAUGCUACAAGAUAUAGAAAAAUCUCAGUUUUGUACCGGUGCUGGAGUUAACAAUAGAAGAUGCUCAGCUACCUGUGAUGGCAUUUUAAAAUCACCUGAUAAGUAUAAAAGAUAUCGGAAAAUAAAUAGGUGUCUUGCUUGUCGUAAAUUACGAAAAAGAUUACUCCAAGUGUCUAUAAAGAGAAAAAAUGAUUUAAAUAAUCGUUUUAUCACGAUUAAACGAAAGUUAAAUUCAAAGCAAAAGCGUGUACAUCGUUUGCAGCAGAAGAAGACUUAUCGCUGUGCUAUGACCAAAGAAAAUAUUAUUGAAGAAGAAAUAGCUGACUUGCCAGAAGCUCAAAAACAAGCUGUUCGUGCUUGCUUUCAAGCUGCUAAGGCCAAAAAUGCAAAGCAACGCCAGUAUACUAUAGAGUGGGUAUACGAAUGCCUUAUGAUAAGAAUUAAAGGUCCUUCGGUUUAUGAAAAACUACGUCAACGUGAAAUAUUACCUUUGCCUUCCAAAGAUACACUUAACAGAUACAUUAAUAAACUUGAUAGCGCUUUUGGUUUUCCAAAAGCAAUUUUUGAUACUCUUCGUUUAAAAGCCUCUCGAAUGGAAAAUUGGGCGAAAAGGGGUACUUUAUUAAUUGAUGAAAUAGCCUUAAGUGAAGCUGUCAAGUUGAACACUAAAACUAUGGAGUUCAAUGGCUUUGUAAAUUUAGGUGAUUACACACCACAAAAAUUGGUUAAUGAGAGAGCUGACCAUGCACUUGUUUUCAUGUAUCAACCCUUCCGUGGUUCUUGGGUUCAAGUUUUAGGGUAUUUCUUGAGUAAAACUGCAGUGACGAAAGAUAUUCUGCAUAAGUUAAUUAUAGAAUGUAUCAUUCAGUUAGAAAAUGCUGGUAUGAAAGUAGAUGUUGUUACCUCUGAUGGUGCUCAAUGGAAUCGUGGAGCCUGGCAAAUUUUUGGUAUCUCCGACCAAAAAUGUAGUUGUACUCAUCCUUAUGAUACAACUAGACAACUGUGGUUUAUGUCCGACUUUCCUCAUCUGUUGAAAUGCUUUCGCACAAAAAUUCUUGAAGGGUCAUCAUUUUGGACUCCAGAUGGUAUGGUACAAAAGAAACACUGGGAAGUUUUAUUGCAACAUGAGCUUCACUAUAGACCUAAUUUGAAGGUAUCGUACAAAUUGACACCUCAGCAUCUAAACCCCGAAGGGUAUCAAAAAAUGAAUGUUCGUUUAGCAGAAGAGCUAUUUUCUAAGCAACUAAGAGUAGCUAUGGUGGCUUGGCAAAAUGAAUGCAUUGAGUUGAGAGAUUGUGGACCAACUGUUAGGUUCAUGGAAAGAGUGGAUAAUCUGAUUAAAGCUAUGUCUUCUCGUACCCCGGAAACCGGUGUACAACCCAAGGAAGAAUGCCCGAAGAGAAAGCAGGUUAUUGUUGGAUUCCUCGAUUAUUUAAGAGAGUGGGAAGCUAAAGCUAUUGAAGAAAACAAUCGACGUAAGCAACUGAUAAGAGAAAGUAAGAGACAAAAGAUAGACCACAAUGAUGAACCUGGAAUAAAUUAUCUUGCUAUUACUAAAAGUACUUUAACUGGGUUAAAGAUCACUUUAGCUGGAACGAUUGAACUACUGGACUUUUUACACGUGCAAUGUAAUUUUGAUUAUUUAAUGACUGCUCGACUCAAUCAAGACAAACUUGAACAAUUUUUUGGAAUUGUCAGAAGCGCCUGUGGAUGUAAUGAACACCCAGAUCCUAUUAUAUUUGGACAGGUGUUUCGAUUACUAUGUUCUUACUCAUUAGUAACACCACCGAAAGGAUCUAACGUAACUUUAGUUGAAUUGUUACAGUCAUUGAUGGAAACGCGGGAGUCACUGAGGCUAAGCAAAGAUAAAAAAGUGAAAUGGCUUGAAAAAAUUGAUUCUAUAAUCGAUAGUGGAUUUACAGAAGAUGAGAGAAAUGUUAACAAAAAUAGUGUUGCAGCUGAACCUUUCGAGAAUUUACUUAAUGACUUAAGUGAAGAUGAUGUUGAUGAAGACUUAAAUUAUGAUGCUGUAUCAAAUUCGCGUUGUAAUGAUUAUAGUUCUAAAACAAGUGUAGCAAAUAAACCUUUCGAGAGCUUAAUUGAUGAAUCAAGUGAAGACGAUAAUAAUAACCUUGUUUCUAACUCAGCUAACACGAUUAAACCGUGUUCUAAUGAUCCCCAUGAGGAUCAUGAUUAUGAUGUCGCUCAAACCAGUGAAUACGUCAUUGCCUAUAUAGCUGGUUACGUUACCCGAAAAAUGCACCGAUUUUCUCGGUGUGAAAACUAUCUCAAAAGUCUUGAGUCCGAGACAUCAUCUGAUAGAGAUAGAGUUAUCGACUUAAUGAGUGAACACUGCAAACGUCCAAGUGAUAAUUUAUUUCUUCUCAUCCAGAAAUUAGAAAAUACUGUUUUAAGUGUUGUCGGGACUAAAACUGUAAAAAUCGAUACGAUGAAUCAAAUUGUUGAUAAAAUUUCAACAGAGAAAUCAUUACCUUUCUUAGGAUGCGACGAACAUCAAUCAAUUUUGAUGAAAAAAAUUUUAAGUUAUUUUAUUACGAUUAGAGGCCACUUUUUAGCAAGCAAUAUUAAUAAAAACUAUAACGAAAAAAAAAUGAAAAAUAAAAAGUUACGAAAAAUUUCGAAGAUAGUGUAA